GAUAUCAUCAGAUCUUUCUCAAUCACCAGCUUUUGUGAAAUAUUCCCAAAGACAAUGAAGAAUUAUUUGAAUUAUUUCCAGCCAUUAGCCACGUAUGACCACUCUCUYGUCAUAAAGUAACGCUGCUACUGUCACUACUGUACAAAUAAUGUAAAAAAUCCUGGAAAUUAUAUCUGGGGGAGUAUUUUUUUUGCGUGGAACAAAACAUGGUCGGAAGAGAAGUCAAAACAGGAACAAAUACUUCCAUUUUUCCGUCUAAAUAAUCUUGGAAAGUUCAAAUUAUUCCUUAAAAUAACAUUUGUCUUGGAUAUUAGCCUAGAACACGUGGAGUAGUUGAGCUAAGUUCUAAAUGCUUGCGUGAUAAAAAGAGUAAUUGCAGACUUGCAUAAUACUGUACGUCUAAGAAAGACUUUUGGCUAUUGGAGUUGUUUUUACUCUGGAAAUAAGCUGAAUCGUUGAUCCCUUCUGGUAGUUCGUGCAAGCAAUGGAGCCGUUUGACUUGGAUAUACUAAGUACUACAGGGUUCAGUGAUUUAAUGUGGAGUCUCAAACGAUACGAGCCUGACUGCUACAAAUAUUCUACUGAGAGAAAUCCUGAAGAAAUAAAACAGCAUGUAUUAGACUCUCGAAGGGUUAAACACAUCAUAGAAGAGACUGCCAAAGAGCAGGGAAAAUCAAUCAGUGAAAUUAGAGAUGAAGCAAAGGCCAUCCUGGAUGAAAUGGGACACAAUUACAAUAUGAAAACACUGCGCUUCAUGGCUCUAAUGAUGAAGAAAAUCUUGUCAUCACUUCUUAGGAAAGUUAUGGUAAACAAGAAAGGAUUGGAAAGGUUAAGAGAAGCAUCGCCACACAUUCCUAUUGUCUUGGUACCCAGUCACAGAAGUUAUUUGGAUUUUCUUCUUGUUUCUUUCAUUUGUUUUCAUGCCAAUCUUCCACUUCCAUUCAUUGCUGCAGCUCAAGACUUCAUGAAUGCAAGAGUUGUAAGAAGACUCUUCCGUCACAGUGGUGCAUUCUUCAUGAGAAGGUCAUUUGUGUCAGACAAAUUAUACUGGGUAAUCUUUACAGAAUAUAUCCAGAACCAGCUUCAGAAAGGAAACAAACCACUUGAAUUCUUUAUUGAAGGGACAAGAAGCAGAACUGGGAAGUUUUUGCACCCUAAACUAGGUUUACUAUCCAUGGUUGUUGAUCUCUAUGCUAACGCCGGUGUACCCAACAUCCUGUUGUGCCCAAUAAGCAUCAGCUAUGACAGAGUACUUGAAGAACCUCUCUUUGCCUAUGAACUGCUGGGAAUCCCCAAGCCAAGGGAAUCGCUGCGAGGGUUGAUAAAAAGUAGAUCUGUCCUUGCCGAUGAUUAUGGAAGUAUUUAUGUGAACUUUGGACAACUUAUUUCACUGAGUGACUGCAUUGAAGGAAAACUUGACAGGAUGGCAACUUCCCUGGUGCCAAGGCAUCUUUUAUUGUACCUGACUGAUGAAGAGAAAGAGGUUGUACGUCAGACUGGAUAUGAAAUUAUUGCCAGACUCCAAGAGUCAAUGGUUGUAACAUCACCAGUUCUUGUAGCAGCUAUAAUGUUACAGAACCAAGAGGGAUUAUUCUUUGAUGAUAUUAUGGCAAAAUUUCACUGGCUGCAAGAGUUGUUCAAGAAAUUGAACAUUCCUUUGGCUCCACCAGACAAAACAAGCCUUAAGGAAAUUGUAAAAGAUGGAAUAGACCUACAAAAAUCAAGCCUUGAGUUUGACUCUGAUACUUUUGUGAGGAUAAAGGACCCAGAAGCAGGCAAUCAGGUACACCACAGUUCAGCAGCAGCACAUGCCUCAAGACUACAGCAUCACGUUAUCAGCUCUGUGAAAGAUGUUCUUGGUGAGGCUGCCAUCCACUUGCAGCUUGCUUACAAACGCAACACRUUGUUGCCGUAUUUCUUUGGAAUUGGAAUGGUUUCCAUGGCAACUCGGAAACAAAAGAGUGCUGCAAAGGAAUUAGGAAUUUUGUCCGAUGAUUUUAAAUUCUUGUCUCAACUGCUUGUGCAAGAAGUUUCUGGUCUUGCUGAAACUUUACCACAGGUGUUUCAGAAAACAAUGAAAAURUUGCAAGAAAAUCAGAUUUUAAACUUUGAUGCCACACAUUCUCAAUUCUCUGUGCGAGAAGCUGGGUGUAUAGAGUUUGCAUCAGGCCUCUGGGCUCCAAUACUUACAGCAUACUGGAUGGUUUGUGAAUAUUUGCUAAAAAUGGGAGGAAAUGAGAAAGAUGAGACACAUUUCAAUGAUGUCCCAAAAGGUGCUCAGCAUCUUGCUGCAGAAUAUGUCCUUUCAGGCACUGUGAAAUACUUUGAAGUUCUUUCCCUGGAACUUAUUAAAAAUGCCAUCAAGGCCUUCACUUAUCUUCAAGUUAUUGCAAAAGUAAAAAGACCGGAAGGCACUAUGAUAUCUGUCUCUGAUAGGAGUGAACUUCGAAAGCUGCACAAGACGAUAGGUGAAUUUCUUGAUAUUCCUCUAGAUUCAACAUAUAUUUCUCCACCUCUAUCAAAAAUGUGAAGUACUUGGUGUCAGCCCCACAUUAGAGGGUAAUGAUGAUGAUCAAAAAUGUAGAAUGGAACUUUAUUGCAUGUGGCAGCUCAUGGAUCUUACUCUUGCACACAUGCAAUAUAAAUUUCUGAAGAGACRCAUUCUACUGAAAUAUCAAUUGGUGGAAGUUUGGCGAACUCUAAUUCAGCUAACACAGGCAGUCCACACAGUGAAAACCCAAUGUUUGCAGGAAAAGGAAUGCUACCAAUGACGUAGCCUUGCAGUUAAAUUUAAAUGCAAAAAUGUUCAAGAUGCAAAGGAUUUAUAAUUCAUAAAUUAAAAUAUUGAUGCUUAAUGAAAAUAAAUUUAAAUAGAAAAUUUUUAGAUAUUUUUGAAUUUUUUGUAAAGUUCUUCUAGAAAUGACACUUGUAAACCAACUCCAAUUGGAUAAUUAAUGAAUAUGAAUAUAUAUAUAUCUGUUAUAAAACCUUAAUAAAAAGGUUCAAAUAACUAAAAUUUUUUAUGGAUAUAAUUCAAAAUAUCAAAAUUAAUGCCUACAUUGUAUGAUUAGAAUGGAAUUUUUCAUUAAUAAGAUUUUCUGCUUGAAAAAAUAUCAUUACUGCAAACUAAUAUAAAGCUAGACAAUCUUGGAUUUAAUGUAAAAAAUAUGUCACUCAUUAAAAUGAUCCUGUUCUUGUUCCUAUUAUAUAAUCUAAGCCCUCAGGGUCUGGUUAUGUUUGUCAAUGCUCACCAUGCAUGACCUAACAAGACUUUUGUAACAUAAUACCAUGUUUAGAAGGUUCUAAAGCCAUUUUUAGUCCUAAAGUCAUUUAGUCUUCCAUACAAUAAAAAAAAAACUUCAAAAA